GAAGGAGGCGGCUGGCUGGCCCGGACGGUCACAUCCCGCUGCAGGGGACCAGCCUCGGCCGCCGCACUGUCCUCUGCACCGGGGACACAGGCCAGCUGCCAGGCCUCGCCGGCAACGCCCUCUGCUCCGAGACAGACUAUGCGUGGCCCUCGGGAACGCUGGGGGCCCCGCAGACUCACGGCCCGCGGCCACUCCGCCUCUGCCCUCUCUGCCCGCAGCUCGGCCGGCGCUGCCCGCCUAGGCGGUCCUGCGUCGGGAUGGGGUAGGGCCAGCGCCAGUCCGGCGAUGGGCCGCCCCCUGGGCACCGAACAACCCCCCGAGGCCUGACCGACCACGAGGACCCGGCAGGAUCCCCCCCCCCCCCCCUGGAUGUUAAGCGGAUGCCUCCGGGCCCCUCGGCUAACUCGGUGGAAACCAUGGCUUCUUUGAUGCCUCUUUCCCCAUAUCUGAGUCCCAAGGUCCUCCUGCUGGUCAGCUGUGACCUGGGCUUUGUGCGAGCAGACCGACCUCCCUCUCCUGUGAAUGUGACCAUCACUCAUCUCAGAGCCAACUCGGCCACUGUGUCCUGGGACGUCCCAGAAGGCAACAUCGUCAUUGGCUACUCCAUUUCCCAGCAAAAUUCUGAGUUAAGCCUCAUGCGUGUAAUCAGGGAGGUGAACAUCACCACUAGGGCCUGUGCUCUUUGGGGCCUGGCUGAAGACAGUGACUACACCGUGCAGGUCAGGACCGGGGAAGUGGUCAUCAUUGUGGUGGUGUUGCUCAUGUGGGCUGCUGUGAUCGGGCUAUUCUGCGGUCAGUAUGACAUCAUCAAGGGCAACGACUCCAACAACAACCCCAAGGAGAAGGGGAAGGGUCCUGAACAGAGUCCUCAGGGAAGGCCAGUGGGGACAAGACAGAAAAAGUCUCCUUCUAUCAACACCAUCGACGUUUGAGUGAACUGAGUGACUGAAGAACCAGAACCAGAAGAGAGAUGCACUGAUAAUGGGGGGUGGGGUCAGGGAGGCCUAAGUUGGUGAUCUCUCUGAGACUCCCACAAGGCUGUGCACUCCCAGAAUCCCAGGCUGGUACCCAUCCUCUUUCCACUGUGAGCAGGGCCAGAAGGUAGGUCUGUUAGAAUCUGUACCCCUGGACCUGGGAGUGGAUAUCAAAUGGAACAUCUCCUAUCUCCCAGGUCCAGGUGAGUCAUUUAUUCGACCCUAUCCCACUAGGUCCCAAAUGGGGCCCCAUCUCACCUGCAUCAGGACCAUUGGCAUCCACUAGCUGCCCCUACAGCUUGCCUCUGGGCCUCAGAGAGGGCUGUUUCUGUCUGUAUUGCCCUCUUCCACGGAGGAAGAGGAAGCAAGCAUCUGGGCCUCGAGGCAGAUGCCACACUGCACUACUCCAAUGUCUUCCACGGAGCCUCAGGUGCUCCCCCCUCACCUGGCAGUCCCUCUCGCUGCUGGUGAUCUCACCCCUGGGACAUUUUUCCAAUAAAGGUUCUUGGACAAA